AUGUCGGAGCCCAAAAUCGUCAACCCGGAAAAUGAUCCAGUGCCGUUGAUGCAGCAGGACGCGCUGCACAAUCUGACAGCGGACUCUCUGUCAAUGAUGAAGUCUGGGCAGGAGUUCGACGAAAGACUGAGAAACCGUGAGGAAGCCGGUGGCGGUGAACGCGGGAACUUAUUAGCUCAUUACACAGAAGAAGAUGUCAUGAACUUGGGACGUCACUUCGCUGAGAAGUACGACCUCGACCCGGAAUUGUUUGCUCGUGCCGCUGCCUUGCUGCGGGCCCCGGAGGAUUAUCAGGACAUGCCUUUCAUCACUGAUGAUGAGAAGCAAAUUUUGUAUCGUGAAAUCGAACACCCUUACACAUCGAUCUCGCCGGCUGUGUUUUGGGUUAUCAUGGCCCUGUCGAUAUCUGCCGUUAUUCAAGGCAUGGACGAGUCAGUGAUUAACGGGGCAUCCCUUUUCUGGCCUAAAGCUUUUGGGGUAGUUGAAGGUUUUAAGAACUACGAUUUGGUGCAAGGUUUGGUCAACGGUGCGCCUUAUCUUUGUUGCUCGGUUUCAUGCUGGACCACGGACUUGUGGAACCGCCACUUGGGCCGUAAGUGGACGAUCUUUUGGACAUGUGGUAUUUCGUUUGCGACGUGUGUGUGGCAAGGUUUCGUCAACAACUGGUGGCACUUGUUCCUUUCUCGUUUCUUCCUUGGUUUUGGUAUCGGUCCAAAGUCGGCGACUGUUCCCGUGUACGCUGCUGAAUGUACGCCAGCCAAGAUUCGGGGUUCUUUGGUGAUGUUGUGGCAAUUCUUCACGGCUGUGGGGAUUAUGCUUGGCUAUGUCAUGUCGCUUGCUUUCUACUAUGUCCCUCGUCAUGGAAUCAAGUCGGGUAUCAACUGGCGGCUUAUGUUGGGUUCAGCUUGCUUACCUUGUAUCAUCGUGUUGAGCUCGAUGCCUUGGAUCCCUGAGUCUCCCCGUUGGUUGCUUGGUAAAGGAAGAGUCCACGAUGCUUGGGAUUCGAUGCAAAGAAUGCGUCGUUGUAAGAUUCUGGCUGCUCGAGACUUGUUCUACUCUUACACUCUUUUGAAGGAAGAAGCCCAAUACGACGUUCCUACUCCUCGGAGAGUAAAGGAAUUGUUCACUGUGCGUCGUAACCGCAACGCCACUAUUGGUUCGUGGAUCGUUAUGUUCAUGCAACAAUUCUGUGGUAUCAAUGUCAUUGCAUACUACUCGUCGUCUAUCUUCAUUUUAUCCGGGCUCUCCGAGGUCAAAGCCAUGUUGGCUUCGUGGGGGUUCGGUAUGGUGAAUUUUGUUUUCGCUAUUCCUGCGUUCCUUGUCAUUGACAAAUUGGGUCGACGUAACUUAUUGUUAAUUACAUUCCCUUUGAUGGGUGCUUUCUUGUUUGUCACUGGUUUCGGCUUUUUGAUCAAUGACAACAAUAAACAUGGUCGUUUGGCAAUGGUAUCGGUUGGGAUCUAUUUCUUCACUGCUGUCUACUCUUCGGGUGAAGGUCCGGUACCGUUCACCUACUCUGCCGAAUGUUUCCCCUUAUACGUUCGUGACUUGGGCAUGUCGUGGGCCACAGCAACUUGUUGGUUUUUUAACUUUAUUUUGGCAUUUACUUGGCCAAGAUUACUUAACGCUUUCGGCAAUGUCGGGGCAUUUAUGUGGUACGCGGGUUGGAACGUUGCUGGGUUCUUCAUGGUUUUACUUUUCGUUAUCGAAACCAAGGGUCUCACUUUGGAAGAAUUAGAUGACCGUUUCAAUGUUUCGAUGCACACGCAUGCUGUUUACCAAUUCAGAAACUUCUGGAAUUCGGUUCAACGUCAUGUUUUCCGCAAGAAGAUCGCGAAAUUGCCGCCUCUCACCUACACUAACAGAAACCAUAUCUCGAACCAAGAAUGGGAAAGCAAGGGUAUCGAGAUUGAUCACUUGGAAGAUACCGCUCGUUUCCCUGGCGAGAAGGCUUGA